AUGGAUGAAGUAGCAGUACCAGGUGUUUCAGCAAGUGAUAGCGAUUCUGGAAAAAAUACGACGCUUUCACCACCUCUGGCGUCGGCUGAAGUGAAACCGACGACUUCAAAAGGAAUCCCUGAAUCAGGGCCGGCUGCUCUUCGUCGAAGUUUCCAUAUAAGCCUUUGUGGACAGCUCUAUCCUGGAGUGAUCGAAGCCAGUAAGAGAGGCGUUCAUCCUGUUAUAAGAUACCCCAUUCCAGGUGGGGAAUUUUGUUAUGCUUUCGAACAGGUGCGUACCACGAAGCAAGGGCUAGUGGUUUAUCGAUGUACGAAAUGCAAGAAAAGCGGCACAACCACAAGCAUAGCGGUGCAGAAUGGAUGUGAGUUCAUAGGAGACCCUGCCUCACUCCCUCAUGUUUGCACACCAUUGAAAAAUGCACAGGACAAAGUGACGCGAAUGGUCUAUCAGUCGUGCCAAGCGAUUGCAACUGAUCCGCAACUUGCCCAAGCGAAGCCAAGUCAGUUGUGGAAGAGUAUUGCCCAGUUUAUCGACGACAAUGCUCCCAGUGAUGAAGCUGAACGCAAAAUGAUGCUGAAACACUUCUACAGGAGUGGGUAUAAGUCAAGGCGAAGAACGAUUGCAAGGGCAGCAGCGAAGCUGCACGAAUCCACGCUGAGAAAGGGAUCAGACACACAAGAAGAUGGGACCCCAAAAGUGCGGAAAACAGCAAUGAAAAAUUGUUCUUCAUAG